AUGCCUCUCGCGGGGAACAUCUACUACAUUGCGGCCAUCGCCGUCAUUGGCGGUGGUCUAUUUGGUUUUGACAUCUCUUCGAUGUCCGCCAUUUUGGAAACGCCUGCCUACAAGUGUUACUUCAAUCACGGACCCAAUGGCCCUCCUUUCAAUGACAGUGAGGACUGUAGUGGUUUGAGCUCGUUGUCUCAGGGUGGUGUUACUGCUGCUAUGCCCGCUGGUUCGUGGCUUGGUGCUUUGAUUUCGGGUUUCAUCUCCGAUCGUCUUGGUCGUCGUUACUCUAUCAUGGUUGGAUGUGUUAUCUGGGUUAUCGGUUCUGCUAUUAUCUGCGCUUCUCAAAACAUGGGUAUGCUUAUUGGUGGUCGUGUUAUCAACGGUUUGGCCGUUGGCAUUGAGUCCGCCCAGGUUCCUGUCUACAUCUCCGAGCUUGCUCCUCCCUCCAAGCGUGGUCGUCUGGUCGGAUCCCAGCAGUGGGCUAUCACCUGGGGAAUUCUGAUCAUGUACUACAUCUCCUUCGGUUGCUCCUACAUCGGUGGCAAGACCCCUACCACUUACAACACCGCCGUCUUCCGUAUCCCCUGGGGUAUCCAGAUGGUCCCCGCCAUCCUCCUCUUCUUGGGCAUGCUCACCCUCCCCGAAUCUCCCCGUUGGCUCGCUCGCAAAGACCGUUGGGAGGAGUGCAAGCAAGUUCUCACCUUGGUCCAUGGCAAGGGUGACCCGAAUAGUCCCUUCGUCCUGGCUGAGAUGCAAGAGAUUGGUGAGAUGUGCGAGUUCGAGCGCCAAAACGCCGACGUCACAUACCUGGAGCUCUUCAAGCCCAAGAUGCUCAACCGUACCGUCAUCGGUGUGUUCAUGCAGAUCUGGUCCCAGCUGACCGGUAUGAACGUCAUGAUGUACUACAUCACCUACGUCUUCACCAUGGCUGGCUACUCCGGUAACGCUACUCUCCUCGCCUCUUCCAUCCAGUACAUCAUCAACGUCGUGACCACCGUUCCUGCCCUGAUCUGGGUUGACCGCUGGGGCCGUCGCCCUACCCUCCUGAUUGGUGCUGCUUUCAUGAUGACCUGGAUGUACGCCAACGCCGGUCUGAUGGCUGCCUAUGGUACCGUCGUCCCCGGAGGUAUUCACGGGGUUGCGGAAGAGUCGAUGAGCAUGAGCGGCGCUCCUGCCAAGGCUCUCAUUGCCUGCACCUACCUGUUCGUCGCCUCGUACGCUCCCACCUGGGGUCCCGUGUCCUGGGUCUACCCCCCUGAGUUGUACCCCCUCCGCGUCCGCGGAAAGGCCGUCGCUCUCGCAACCUCCGCUAACUGGGCUUUCAACACCGCACUGGGUCUCUUCGUGCCUUCUGCCUUUGCCAACAUCCGCUGGCAGACUUACAUUAUCUUCGGUGUCUUCCUCACUGUUAUGUGGAUCCACGUUUUCUUCAUGUUCCCUGAGACUGCUGGCAAGACUCUUGAGGAGACGGAGCAGAUCUUCGAGGAUCCCAAUGGUAUUCCUUACAUUGGUACUCCUGCCUGGAAGACUCGUCACGAUACCAAGCGCACUGUCGCUGCUGAGCGUGGUGAUGUUGAGGUUCUGGGUGAGCGAUUGGCCAUGGGCGAGAAGACUGGUGCUGCCCAUGCCGAGCACAGCGCUGAGGCCUCGGAUUAA